GCUUUUAUUUUGAAAUAAAAUAAGGCCCUUACUGUAGAGUGAAGGUUACGACAGGAAGUUAAGCACAGAAACAGGAAGUGGUUAGGGAUCCCAAAGUGAGGUCAAAGAGCUCAAAGGAACAGUAACAAAGGUCAAUGUGUGAUGUCAUCAGGUGGAUAUUACUGUCUGAGAGUUUGUUAAAGUGAAAUGAGACAUUCAAAGAUGCAGCAGUGUCCUUCUUUUACAUCACUGAGACUACAGGGAGACACUGAGGACCACUAUCUACGGAGAGCCUGAAGGGACAAACAUGAGAUUAAUCAAACCCUUAACGAGCCUUGAUGGAGAUAUCUCGAUGCGUCAUCUUCAUUCAGACUACGACUCCUCAAAGAGCUCAAACUGGCGGCUUCUUUCUUUCUUUUCCGAUGUAUUUAGAGGAGUAAAAACUGUCAGACGUCUUCGUUCCCGUCUCAUAAACCUGUCGCACCCCGGCUCAUCAUGUCUGCGUCUGCCCUUUCUGUCCCGGUGUCAGGCCGUGUUUUCAAAUAUUGGAGACGUUUUCAGUGGCAGAGGAGCUUUUACUGACUCUGAAUGUCAAGGUGACGUCGUGAUGAAGAGAGCUGAAAUACUGCACGGUGCUGCCAGUCGACGGUUAAAUCCCAGAGGGGAGAUUUCAGACUCUCACAGAGAAGUUCUCAGACUCUCUCCUAAACCCCUCUCUCUGUCUCUCUCUCUCUCUCUCUCUCUCUCUGUCUCUGUCUCUCUCUCUCUCUCUCUCUCUCUGUCUCUCUCUCUGUCUCUCUCUCUCUUUCUCUCUUUCUCUCUCCCUCUCUCUGUCUCUGUCUCUCUGUCUCUCUCUCUCUUUCUCUCUUUCUCUCUCCCUCUCCCUCUCUCUCUCUCUCUCUCUCUCUCUCUCUGUCUCUGUCUCUCUGUCUCUCUUUCUCUCUUUCUCUCUCCCUCUCCCUCUCUCUCUCUCUCUCUCUCUCUCUCUCUGUCUCUCUCUCUCUGUCUCUCUCUCUCUCUCUCUCUGUCUCUCUCUCUCUCUCUCUCUCUGUCUCUGUCUCUGUCUCUCUGUCUCUCUCUCUCUUUCUCUCUUUCUCUCUUUCUCUCUCCCUCUCCCUCUCUCUCUCUCUCUCUCUCUCUCUGUCUCUGUCUCUCUGUCUCUCUUUCUCUCUUUCUCUCUUUCUCUCUCCCUCUCCCUCUCUCUCUCUCUCUCUCUCUCUGUCUCUCUGUCUCUCUCUCUCUUUCUCUCUUUCUCUCUUUCUCUCUCCCUCUCCCUCUCUCUCUCUCUCUCUCUCUCUCUGUCUCUGUCUCUCUGUCUCUCUGUCUCUCUCUCUCUCUCUCUCUCUCUGUCUCUCUCUCUCUGUCUCUCUCUCUCUGUCUCUCUCUCUCUCUCUCUCUGUCUCUCUCUCUCUCUCUGUCUCUCUCUCUCUCUCUGUCUCUCUCUCUCUGUCUCUCUCUCUGUCUCUCUCUCUCUCUCUCUCUCUGUCUCUCUCUCUCUCUGUCUCUCUCCCUCUCUCUCUCUCUCUCUCCCUCUCUGUCUCUCUCUCUCCCUCUCUCUCUCUCUCUAUCUCUCUCUCUCCCUGCCUGGUCUCACAGAGUCCACAGAUUCAGGUCAGAGGGAGCUGACAGUCCGCCGUUAGCAGCUAUUAAAGUAAAGUUCAGCAGAUAA